AAUAUCUGCCUGUCCCUCGCAACUCUUGGCACUGCGAUACCGCUGCGAUACCGCUGCACUCUCUCACUCUCUCACUCUCUCCCAUCUAUCGCACCACAUGAACUCUGGAACCAACCUGAAAAAAUUCGACGACGACGGCGGCUACGACCUCAAGUCGAUCCACCAACCAACCAACCCGUUCCCGACUGAACGCCUCGUCCCGGCCCAGAUCACACCACAGCCACAGCCACAGUCGCAUCCGCAUCCGCACUCGCUGCCUCCUUGGCAUGAUCCGCCGCCUCAAUACGAGCGCUACGAUAGCUCGACUUCAGCCCAACGCGAGCUCCAGUCGAACUCGGCUGUCCAAACCCAUACCCAAACCAUUCCGCAGCCCGAACAGCUGCUUGCGACGACUCAAGCCCCAGGAGUUACUGCGGCAGCUCAACCACAGGAACUUGCUCCGACUGCCGAGAAUCGCCUUCGCCACCACCACGACGAUCCGCUGCAAUCGGUGUCUCCGCGGUUGUCUCGGCUUCGGACUCGGCUGCGAGCUCGCAUUCGAGGGCAAGGCUCUGCGGAGGACGCUCAUGUCGUUGGAGCCGACUCGGCUCUGGCCCGUACAGACACCUCGUCUGUGUCCUUCCUGAGCACCACUGAGGUGGAUUUGACUCGGACAAAGCUCAUUCGUGGACAGACGUUUGUUGUCAAUGCCGCCACGAUCAUGGGCGGCGUGAGGAUCACUGUCCCGGCCGAUGUCGAAGUUGUCAACGAAAAUGUGUUGGUGCUGGGCGGAGUAAUCACCCACAAGAAUCCAUACUUUUCCGGAGAGCCAACUUCGCGAGUCUUGAUCCGCGGCGUGGCUGUUCUCAGCGGCGUUCGGGUCGUAUUUGCCAACCAGAUGGCCCAGUACGAUUAGAGGCAUUCGCUCUCUCCCCCCCCCUCGGCAUCUCUCUUGACAAUCGAAUCCUUGUCGCUGUAUUUGAGCGUCCCUCGCUUCCGUCAAUACAAUUUGCACUUGCAUCCAA